UCUUCAUCGAUUCGAAAAAUCUGAACGUUUACAAGCUAUUAACACUUCACCUUCACCAAUUGUCAGUUCAUCUAUGCUAUUUCUCCCUACUAUGAAAGGCCAUUUUCAACAUGACUUAUGCUCGAUAAUAUAUUACCUUGAAGAUCCUGUCGUGAGUGGUGGACGACAGUGGCAGCUGGGUUUCCACUUCUCUACUUCUUCUUCUUCUUCUCUCUUAUGAUUGGAUUUUCUGUAAUGGUAAGACCGUAGGUGUUCUGUAUAAUUUGGUCUCCCAAAAAAUCAGUGAUUUGGAAUCAUCUCUUCCCUUCCGUUUCCUUUUGUUUAUGGAGAUUUACGCUUUCUUUCUCAUUUAUAGUCAACGCUUAUCUUUUUUCCCUUUAUGAUGGCACCCAUGCAUUCCAGAUGUUUAUAGCUAGUGAAUUCCCAACCUGUUUCAUGGGCUGGAAUCAUUCCAUGUGCUUAUAUUGGCCAUCAAACUGAGUGGCGAGUGUUGUACUUGAAAAGAAUGACAAGUGACAAUGGAGGAGGGAGAUGCGAAGGUUAGGGCUCAGAAACCCAUAUCGGGUCUCGGGAAGCUUCGGAGAUGGAGGGAAUCCGAAUGUAGAAUGCGAAACGCACCGUGUAGCAAACCCAAUGAACGCCCCGUAUCAUUUUCCACAUGGAUUCCGUCAGUUUUUCGUGCGCAACUUCCUGCGCAAGUCCCCUGCAUCCAUCAUUUUCCUUUUUCAGUUUUCCUCUGUUUUGGUUUGACCGCAUAAUUGCUCGAAGGGGAAAAAAAAGUUGUCAAGGGAAUCAGCGUUUUGUUGAGUCCUACGAAAGAAAACUGUUGUGGUUGUGAAGAAAACACCUCCUACUUCGUAAAAGAUGCUACAAUUUCGUAGGUUCUUGCAAGGAAAGAAGGAAGGAAACACUCCAUCGUAUACGUAGGAAAUUGCUUGUUCUCCCCUAAUAAAUAUAGCAGAGCAGAGAUAGGCAAUCCUCCACAAUCACAAUCCAGGGUUUUAAAAAGAGAAGAGAGAACGAAAACAAAAAAGGAAUCUCAUUUGGGCUUGAGAGAGAGAGACAGAUGGGGAACUGCUAUUCGGACGUGGAAGGAGGAAAGCAAGCCGUGGGUGGGGUCCAACAGAGCCCCACAGCUACCAACAACAACAAUGCCGGCCACAACGACGCCGUUGAGUUCUUCUACAGGUCUCGGGGUCUCCAUCAACGCUUCACCCGAGUCGAGUUAUCCCUAUCAGCAAUUAACUUGCGAGAUCGUGACAUCAUUUCAAAGAGUGAUCCCAUGGCAGUGGUAUAUGCGAAGAAUAUAGAUGGAAAACUAGAGGAGUUAGGCCGUACUGAGGUUAUACUGAAUAGCUUGAAUCCCACGUGGAUAGAAAAAGUUACAGUUGCAUUCCAGUUUGAGAUUGUACAGCCAUUGGUAUUUCAUGUAUGUGAUGUUGAUACCAAAUUUCACAAUAUACCUGUGAAGGUCAAAGGAGUUGAAGGCAUCAUGUCUGCUUAUGCAAGUGCUCUACAUAAUGUUACUCUGGCAGGACCAACGUUGUUUGGCCAAGUGAUUAAAAUAGCUGCUCAAAUUGCAAGCCAAUCCGUUUCAUACAACAGCAAAAAGUACUUCGUCUUGCUCAUUAUUACGGUGGGCAGAUUUUUGUGGUCCAGGCUCUUUUGGAAGAGCUACCAGGACAGUUCUUGACGUACAUGCGGUGCAGAGAUAUCAAGCCACGGCCUCUCCAUGAAACCCAAGUGUUUGGUACUUAAGUAUAAGUACCAACUCCACAAAAGGUCGAUAUAUAUAUCGACGACACACACAGGUUGGAUAAGGGUCUAAUAAGGUAUGAUAUAUACCGCUGAUCAAUAACAACUGCCAAGGUUUUCUUAAGGUUGUCCCAUCGAUAGAUUGACCUGCUUGAAAGUAGGUAUUGUUUCCUUUUUCCUUCAUGGGUGUGGGCAAGGAGUUACAAUUUAAAUGCCAAGAGCGAAAUAGGAGGGUAUAUGAAAUUGUUCGAUGUCCCUCUCUCCACCCUCGAAAGAAACCCCCACCGAGAGCCUCUUCUUUUGCUCCAAAUUUUUUUUUUAAUCCGCUCAAGCCAUUAAAGGCCAGAUACAUUGUAUUUCAUCCAUUCCACAAUCUCACUUGCACACCACCAAUGGAAGCAUCAGUUCUUCAUCAACCUCUUCCACCAUCCAAAAGAAGUCUUCCGCAUGUGCAUGGUUGUCAAAAGCCAUUUGCUGCACAUGUAACAAUUACCACAUGCAUGCCGCCCAUAUGGUAUUGAUUUUGGCCUUUUUCUUAAAGCCACUCUCUUCUAGUUGGCCUCUAGUUGGCUUACUAGCAUUUUUUCCCUUAUUUUCUUGAUUUUUCGUCUUUUAUUUCAAGAACUUUGAACUUCAAAUCUAGGCUUCGAUUGCAGCCAUGCAUGCACCACCCAAAUGUCUCCUCAUUCCAAGUGUAGAAGUGUCAAGUUGUAUCAAGGAUAAGUCCAGGAUCGUAUUCCACAGGGACAAUGGGUUAUCAGAGCGAAUAAGAUAUUUGUGAGUAACAAUUGAA